AUGCAACUGGGUCUGCCGAGACUCAUCAAGCCCUUGGACUGCUAUUUCUUCCUACUUCUCCAUGUGGGCACCAACGAUAUUGCCAAGAAUAACCUGGAGCAGAUCAUUGCAGACUCUGUGGUUCUGGCAAGAAGGAUAAAAGAGUUUGGAGUACAAGUGGUGUCUCGUUCAUCAUCCCUGUUGAAGGAAAAGGCCCAGGCAGGGACCAUCAAAUCAUGGAAACUUCCACCAGUUGUUGAUUAUUCCUUUUGCAAAUUUAGGGAUGGUUUUAGAAGCAGAAAUGGGCUUGUUCAUGUUAAAAACCCUCACUUGGAUUCAAUGGAUGAAAAUGUUCUUUAUCACUUAAAUUUAGGAAGUAAAACACACAACCUACCAGUGAUGUUUGGUGAAUUUGUCUGUGUUGGUGGCAGCCCUAACAGAAUGAAAGCUUUUGCUCAGCUCAUGCACAAAGAACUUGGAUGUGAAAGAGAUGGGAAAGACUUGAAAGAUAUUUGUGCUGGGACAGAUUGGUAUUCUGUGUACAAGGUUGGACCAGUGCUCUCCAUCAGUCACGGGAUGGGUAUUUCUUCCAUUUCUAUUAUGCUUCAUGAACUAAUCAAAUUACUACACCAUGCAAAAUGCUGUGAUGUUACCAUUAUACGCAUCGGUACUUCUGGGGGCUUAGGCAUUGACCCUGGAACUGUUGUAAUAACCGACAUUGCAGUGGAUUCAUUUUUUAAGGCUUGGUUUGAGCAGGUGAUACUGGAUAAUAUAGUUGUACGAAGCACUGAACUUGAUAAGGAUCUUGUUGAGGAGCUACUGAACUGCAACAAAGAGAUUCAUGAUUUUCCAACACUUAUUGGGUAUACUAUGUGCACCUAUGAUUUUUAUGAAGGCCGAUUAGAUGGAGCAUUGUGUUCUUUUUCCAAUGAAAAGAAGUUGGCGUACUUAAGGAGAGCUUACGAUGCUGGUGUUAGAAAUAUUGAAAUGGAGUCAACUGUAUUUGCUGCUAUAUGUGGACUUUGUGGUCUAAAAGCUGCUGUUGUCUGUGUGGCACUCUUUAACCAACUUGAACUUGACCAGAUCAAGGCACCCCAUGAAGUUUUAGUAGAAUAUCAGCGACGGUCUCAGCAUCUGAUCUCACUUUUUAUCAAAAAGCGUCUUGGGUUAUAUAACCAAAUGGAAUUACUAGACAAUGCAUUUUUCCUUAAUAACUAA